CGCCAACUUGCCGACAGUCUCGGAGGAACUAAAGACAUACCCUCGUUACAACCUAGAGAACGUUUUGGCAUCUCGAACGAGCCUCAGCGCAUCACUAGAACUUUUGUCACUAUCACACGUGAGGACGCGAAUCGCUAACCACCUUAGUCAUGACGUAGCAUCACCUUUGCCUCCCAGUGUCUCUUCGAGUAAUCCGUGUAGAAUCUCUACUGUUCCUCCAACUGCAUUUUCUUACCUACAUCAUGUCUGAAGCUUGCUGUACUUGCGCUGCUCUCUUGUCUUCUAUUCCGCCAACCUAUGACGAGAAGACCGAGAAACCAUCGCAGUUCGAGCGCCGUCUUGAGUGCUGCGGUCGCGCCAUAUGCGCCCGAUGUCUAACAGAUAAUCCUCGAUUCGCAUCAUAUUGUCCUUUCUGUCAGAUAGCUACUGGUCCGUCACCGCUGCCACCACAGGGACUGCGAGAUCCGCCAACAUAUUCGCCACCAGCCGAGCAGCAGGGAGACGAUGAAUUACCGCCUUAUUCGGCACACAGCGCUCUACAGCCACCGCCAGAGAAGUCAUCGUCGAACCCCGAAAACGCGCCUGACGUCCUGCAUUUCGUCGAUCAGAACAACGAGUCGAUAAGCUCAUUAUCGCUACGAUACGGUGUACCCGCCGACGCACUACGGCGGACAAACAAUUUGUUUGCAGAUCAUCUGCUAGCCGCACGUAGGACAAUACUCAUACCUGGAGAACAUUACAAGGGCGGGGUCAGUCUCAGUCCGCGACCAUUGGAGGGCGAGGAGGAGGAGAUCAAGAAGACGAAGCUAAGAAAGUUCAUGAUGGGAUGUAAGGUUGCAGAAUACGAUGUCGCUCUUCUAUAUUUGGACCAAGCAAACUACAAUUUAGAACAAGCGAUUGCUGCAUACAAAGCCGACGAGCAAUGGGAGAAGGAGCAUUCUCUCGAAGCCGCGAAGAAAGGCAAAGCAAAAGCACAAAGCUCAGGGAGACGAAAGUGGGGCUUUGGAGGUCUCACAGGUCAACUCUCAUAGCGCGAACCAUGCUUCAUUUCAGUGUGGCGUUGAUCCCAAGGUGUGGAGUAAAGUGCCGCAAAGGCUCCUACGUUACGUCUGCCGCCCUGAACGACUUUAUUGUUUAUUUUGACAAGCGCUUCAGUACUACAAGGCACGGGGCGUUGACGUGAAUAGAAUACUGUACCACUCCAUCAGCACCGGUACACUUCUGCGUACAUACUGACUCGACUUCAACUAGCCUUUAGUGCUUCAGUGGUUCUUGUUUUCGGAAAUACCAUACAUCUCAUCAAUCCUAAUUACCGUAUCCAACGAUCUUGCAAUUCGAUGUUCCUUUUCUAGUCCCUCAUCCCAUCUACGAUCGUUUAGCCAAUCACCAUGCAGUAUCACCUCACCCUACCAUCCUGUAAGCGCCGAGCCCUGCCCUGAAUCAGC